GGGAUUUCAAAGAUCCGUUGUUUGUCUGUUGAAUGGUGAAUUUUGAGCCUAAACGGGAAAUUUCUAUAACAUUACUCAUAUUUUAUGGUUUUUUACAGUGUUUUCUACGAUUUUUGUAGACUUUUAAUGUGACAUGUUUUCUUUCAAUGUUUUAAGUGUCAUGUAACUAAUUUGGCUUUAAUGUAAUUUUAAACUUGCUUUACCAACAGAGCUCAAAGUUUAUUGUCUCGCCAAACGUGUCAAGCUCUUGACAUCAUGUCAGACAAAGAAGACGAUAAGAGCAAAAUUGAAAGCCAGCCAUCUACAGGCCCCAUCCAGGACCGUGGAGCCACAGCUGAGGAUGAGGAUGAGGAGGAGGAGAAAGCAGAGAGCAAAGACACCGCAGGCUUCAGUAAAGUGGAAAACAAGGCCAACAAUUUGAAUGUAAAUGCGAAGUCUCAAGUCUAUACAGCAACUAAAGACACACUCUUCUCAAAGAAGACAUCUGUGUCUGAAACCCAAGCAUUAUCACCAAAGUGGGUAUUCGGGAUAAAUCCAGAUUUUCCUGUCUUCACUCUGCAAGACAAGGACCAGCUGGUUCUGCUUUAUACUUCAGGAUUCGGGAUCAUAUACAAUCACACUUUAAACGUCCAACACAUUCUGCAGGGUCACUCAACCAACAUCUCUUGCAUGUGUGUGAGUGAAGACAGACGUUGGAUUGCAACAGCAGACUGUGGGUCUGAGAGCAUGGUCAUAAUCUGGGAUGCUUAUUCUGGUAUUCCUGUUCAAACAUUAUUCAAUUGUCAUCCUGCUGGAGGUGUGAUUGCUGUGGCAUUUUCAAGCGACACUAAACAUCUGGUAACUCUUGGGCGUGAAAAAACUCAAUGUGUGUGUGUUUGGGAUUGGAUCCCAAACUCACAAAAGCCUGUCUGCUUUACAAACAUCCAUCCUGAACAUGGUUUUCAAACAUACGUCGCCUGCAGGCCAACUGACUGCAUUCAGCUCCUUACUGGAAGUGAAAGCCAUGUGCUGUUCUACAGCAUAGUGGAAAGAAAUUUACAGUACUUGGCACUGGAUCUCAAAAGGUUCAUGAAGGCAGAGAAUUGUGCUGCUGGGAGUGCAGUUCUUUUACCUGACCCUCCCAGAACCACCCACCGCUCCAACGCGUCUGCCCCUUGGUCUCUAUUUCACCUGAGAAUGCCACAGAUCCUGACAGUCAUCGGUCGGGACAUUGUUGUGUGGGAAGUCUCUGAUGACUUAGUCAAAAACCAAAUCGUGUCAGACAAAACAAUCGUGCCUCUUUGUCUACAAGACAACCCAAUUACUGCUCUAACCAUGGCUGAUGGCCUCAUCAUAACAGGAGACACGAAAGGAGAUAUCUAUUUUUAUGAUGAAACGUUGAGUCUUCUCUUAUUGUAUAACAAGCUCAACUUGGAUCCCAUCGCUUCCAUUUCGUUUACCAAAGAGUGCAAAAAAGAACACAAGCAGGACUGCAUUCUGGAGGACGAACCAGUUGUAAAGGGGAACCUUAUAAUAUGUACAGUCAAUUCCACUGUCCUGCAGCUGAACACGCAGAGUCACAGCAUUCAGACUCUGGUACAUCAGGAGCAGGAACUGCACCACGCAGUUGCAUGCCACCCCAGUGAGCCUUUUGUGGCAUUGGGCAGUCAACAGGGUAUUUUAAAAGUAUGGGAUUAUAACAAAAAAACAGUGACCGGCCGGAGGCUUUUUGAAACGGAGGGGAGCAUCCAGUGUGUCUCUUUUGACCUUAAUGGAAUCUACCUUGCAGUUGGCUUCAGCACUGGAUCUGUUCAGAUACUCAAUGCCAACGCAAUUCAAAGUGAUUCACCUGAGUCCUUGGGCUGCACUAAAGACAGCAUCCAUAUAAUCGUCUUCUCUUCAGACUCUGAGUACCUUGCAACUGCAGAUGCUGGCAAAGCUGUGACAGUGUUCCACCUGCAGAAAAAAGAAGGUUCUCAGCGUCAGUGGAUUUGUCUGGACAGAUACCACUCUCACUCCAAGCCCAUCACAGAUCUUCUUUUUGGGCUCCAUUUGGACAGCACCUAUCCAAGACUGCUCUCAUUGGGAAUGGACAGACAACUGGUGGAGUAUGACCUGGAAAAGAGCACUGUGGGCCAGCUCGUCAUCAAGAGUUCUGAUCGCAUUGAACAAAGUGCUGUCCCAUUGUGUAUGGCGUGGUUUCCUCCCCUGACAACAGAGCAGUUUCUUCUUAUUGCCUCAGACCAAUACAAGAUGAAACUCCUCAACAGCAUAACCAAGAUGUGCAGAAAGACUGUACAGGGCCCAACAUUUGGCUCUCCUAUUAAGCAAAUGAUGAUUCUUCCAAAGCAUAAAGAAUCCAAGAUAAAGUCAUAUCACCUGGCAUUCAUCACAGAGGAUAGGCUUGGUCUCCAGAUUUUGCCCCCGGAUGGGAACCCAUACAAGUCCACUGCUUUGAUCUGCCAUGCAACAGGAGUGUCUUCCCUAUCCUCCUCCUACGACGGGAAAUUUGUUUUUACCACAGGAGUUUCUGACUACAGUUCCAUCAUGUGGGAAAUUAAUCUGAAUGUGUUAGAGGCUGCAGCUGCUUUGGGUGGAAAUGACAUGAUUCCCUUUUAUUCCCAAUUGGACGGAGGGCAAGAGGGCAAGUUUUAUAGAGAUAUGGAGGAUUUUUUCUACUACUGUCAAAUCCGUCACUAUGGCUCCAGCUUGAUGAGGAAACAGCCAAAGCCAACAGAAAUUCCUCUGUCAGAGGUUCCCUCCUUAAUGAGAGCUGUGGGCUACUUUCCUACUGAACAAGAGAUAGAAGACAUGCAGAACGAGAUCAAGUUCAGCAGGUUUGCUGAAACUGGAAAGUAUGUAACAGACAUUGACUUACAGGAGUUUAUCAAGUUGUACGUCAACCACCGGCCAGCCUUUGGCGCCCCUAGCAAUGAACUUGUUCAAGCUUUUCACGUUCUUGCUAAGAGCAACAGUACAGGACAACCUGUUCUGCAGAGACAGGAGCUGCUAGAACUUUUACAGGCUCGAGGGGAACAGAUGACCAUGAACGAGGUGGAGGAGUGUUUUACCACACUUUUAGGCCUCAAAAAAGAAGAAAUUUGUGAAGAACAUUUACUGGAGAGAGAAUUACCAGAGGAGAUUUCAAUGGAGAUAUUUACAGAUCACAUCUUGGGCUUUCCUCAAUCAAACAGGAAUGAAGGAAGCAGAUCUCCUCCACCACAGUGAUUAAUAAGACAAGAAGUCACAGCGGGCUGCAUACACGUUAUCAUUUUGACUUUACUUUUGUUCCUUUGUGGGUUUUUUUUUUAAACAGGUUCCAACAAC